UUUUCGGGUUUUCAAAUUAUAGGGCGGUUUCGUAAGAGUGUUCCUUUAAGAAAAGUACAUCUCGAUGAACUACCCUUUGUAUUUCAUUAUUAUGUAAGUGAUAUAUCAACCAGCUUAUGUCGGUUUCACAUUUCUGGGAAACAGUAAUCCAAGACAAACGACUUAGAAUGUUCUUCUUUUCUGUGAUUGGUUUACCACGAAAAUAACAAGCUCUUGAUACCAAGAAUAGCUACUGAAGGAAAUUCACAAUACUUCAUUGUUUCGAAUUUGUUUUCUUAGAAAUCGUUUAGCUUUGUUCGCUUGCUUUUGACGGAUAAAAUGGACAUUGGAACGUUCUUCCAUAAUCUUCGAGAAGAGGUGUCUUGUUCAGUUUGUACUAAUAUUUACAGGGAUCCAAAACAACUCUCGUGUCUCCACAGUUUCUGUCUGCAGUGCUUGAAACAGUGGCAUAGAGAAACCCAUGGCCGAGACACUAUCAGAUGCCCGAAGUGCCAAACUAUUAGCAGAGUGCGUGAAAGUAGCGAUUUGAAAGACCUUCCCACCAGUUUUUAUCUGAACAGCUUGAUUGAUGUACUAGCAAUUAAGGAAUGUAAAACCAGCCAGGUGAAAUGCAGAAAUUGUGACAACACCAGACCAGAAAGUUCGUAUUGUUUCCAGUGCUGUGCAUUUUAUUGCCAAGAGUGCUUAAUUGGACACAACAUCCUGAAAAGCUACAAAGAUCACCGUGUCCUGGCGCUGGAAGCCUUUCAAGACGAGGACUAUGAGGAUGUAAUGAAACGACCUGCCUUUUGCCGUAAGGAAGAUCAUAACAAUAAAGAGCUGGAGUACUUUUGCAAGAGUUGUGAAAUGCCAGUUUGCCAAUUUUGUGUCACAGUGGACCAUGAAAGUCAUGAUAAGGAAUUAAUCAAGAAAGAAGCAGAAAAACAGAAGAGUGAGAUGAAGUCAUUGAUUGAAAAGCAGAGACGCAAUUUGCAAGCAAAGAUGGAAGCCGUUAAAAAAAUUGAUGAAGAAGUCGCUGAACUUACGCAACAUGGCGAAGACGUGAAGAGACACGUUCAAACAUUUGUUGACAGUCUUUUAGCUGUUAUUGAAACGAAAAAGCAGGACAUACUAUCCUCGGUGGAUGAAGAAUCGAGCAAGUCUCGUGAACUUUACAAGGAGCGAAAAAACAGGAUUCAGCAACAAAUAGCGGUGAUAGAAUCUUCCCUGGAAACCGCUGAUAAGCUAUUAAGUCGUAGUACAACAAACGCUGAAAUCGUUCAACUGAAGAAAUUAUCAGGCGCCAUCUUCAAAGGGGUUGAUCAGACUGAGCCAAUAAACCGUAACACCAAAAUCUUUCCGACUGGUUUGGUUUUCGAGGAAAAUCAAAAGCUGGUGGGGACUUUCAAAACUGAAAGAAUUGGAACUUUGCUAAUUAAAUGUGAAUUGGAAGGAAGGCAGUCCACUACAAAGCAGCCACUACAAAUCUACUACAAAUCAGGCACUACAUGGAGGACCUGGAGGACAGCGACCUGGAGCGACCUGGAGGACAGCGUACCUGGAGGACAGCGACCACGUCUUUUGACGAAUAACAUGGACAUCAAAACGUUGUUUCGUAAUCUGCGAGAAGAAGUGUCUUGUCCAGAGUGUACUAACAUAUACACAGAUCCAAAACAACUUCCAUGUCUCCACAGCUUUUGUCUGCAAUGCUUAAAACAGUACAGAACAAACCGAAUGUUUAUCCGGCCGGAUACAGUCAGAUGCCCGAAGUGCCAAACUAUUAGCGAAGUACCUAAAAGUGGUGAUAUGAAAGAUUUUCCAACCAGUUUUCAUCUUAACACCUUGAUUGAUGUGCUAGCAAUUAGAGAAUGUACCAUCAGCCCGGUGAAAUGUGGAAAUUGCGACAAGAGCUGCCCGGAAAGUUCGUAUUGUUUCCAGUGCGUUGCCUUUUAUUGCCAAGAGUGCUUGGUCGCUCACAACAUGUGGAAGAGCUACAGAGAGCACCGUGUUUUGGCGCUCAAAGACUUUCAAGGCAAGGACUAUGAGGAUGUGAUGAGACGACCUGCCUUUUGUCGCAAGGAAGAUCAUAGCAACAAAGAGCUGGAGUACUUUUGCAAGAGAUGUGAAAUACCAGCUUGCCAACUUUGUGUCAUAGUGGACCACGGAGGUCAUAAUAAGGAAUCAAUCAAGAAAGAAGCAGGAAGACAGAAGAGUGAGAUGAAGUCAUUGAUUGAAAAGCAGAGACGCAAUUUGCAAGCAAAAAUGGAAGCCGUUAAUCGACUUGAUGAAGAAAUCGCUAAACUGACGCAAAAAGGCGAAGACACGAAGAGGAACGUUCAAACAUUUGUUGACGAACUCAUUGCCAUUAUUGAGGCGAAAAAGGAAAAGAUACUAUCAUCGGUGGAGAAAGAAACGAGCAAGUCGCUUGAACCUGCAACGAAGAGAAAAAUCGAAAUUCAACGUCAAAUAGAAGUGAUAAGAUCUUCGCUGGAAACCGCUGAUAAACUUUUAAAUCGAAGUACAAACGCUGAAGUUGUUCAAAUAAAACCUAAAUCUAUAUGUGCCAUCUUUAAAGAAGUUGAUCAAAACGAGCCAAUUGACCAUGACACCAAAAGCCUUCCGGCUAAUUUUAUUUUCGAGAAAAAUCAAAUGCUGUUGGACACCGUCAAAACUGAAAAAAUUGGAACUUAUCAAGAUAUGCAAUUUAUCAGAGCAAAUCAGUCUAUUGCCGAAGGAAAAGGACUUGAGGAAGGAACUGUAAACUGUAAAGCAAAGUUUACACUGACUACAAGGAAUGCCCAUGGAGAUCAGUGUUAUAAUGAACGUGACCAUGUUACAGUAGAGAUCCAAAAUGAACGAAGAUGGGAAUGCGCGACGGAUGUACGAAUAAAUGACUGCAAAGAUGGAGUCUAUCAGAUCAGCUUUACUCCCGAAGAACAGGGAAGGUAUGAAGUAACUGUAAAGGUAAACGGGGAACAUGUUCGUAGAGAACCUUUUACCGUACUUGUAAAAUCUUUUCAGCUCAAACCUGUUCUAUCUUUCGGUGAAAAAGGUUCCGCUGUGGGAAUGCUUAAAAAUCCUAUGGGGGUAGCGGUAAAUUCCAAGGAUGAGAUCGCUGUAACUGAUUGGUCCAACCACAGAAUUCAAAUCUUUGACAGUCACGGAACUUACAUAAGAUCCUUUGGUCGCAAGGGUAACAAAGCGGGGGAAUUCGAUUAUCCACAAGGAAUAGUAUUCCAUAACAAUGGGAAUAUUUUCGUCGCGGAUAGUUGUAAUAAUAGAAUUCAGAUCUUUAGCGGGGAGGGUAAUUACGUAGGAAACUUUGGUAGUUUCGGAGGGUUUGAAGACGAACUCAAAAAUCCUUGGGGUUUGUCUGUGGACAGUGACGGAAAUAUCAUCGUUGCUGAUAAAGAAAACAGUUUGAUUAAAAUCUUUUCUCCCAAUGGAAACUUCCUUAUGGAGAUAGGUGGGCUGGGGUCUUUGAAAUCUCCAAGGCACUGUAUUCAGCAUGAUAAAUAUCUCAUAGUCUCAGAUAGUGGUGAACAUUGUAUCAAAGUUUUUGACAGGAAUGGAAACUUUCUGUACAAGUUUGGAAAGAAAGGUACAGGGGACGGGGAGUUUGACAAACCCUGCUUUAUGACAAUGGACAAAUCAGGACACUUGAUGGUCUCUGAUCAAUGUAAUCACAGAGUACAAGUAUUUGAACCAAAUGGUAAGUUUAUUGGCAAGUUUGGAGGAAAUGGUGGCAAUUUAGGAGAGUUUAAAAAUCCUGUGUCCCUUGCAAUUUUAAGUAAUUACCAAAUUGUCGUAUGUGAAUGGAACAACCAUCGUAUUCAGAUAUUUGAAUAAAAGUAACAUAAAUAGCAGAUCAGGAGCAGUAUACCUUAGAUUGACUCAAAGGUGUUGGCAUGCCGGUUUAACUCAACGGUCAAUAGUCGAGCAUACGCAACGGGGUCAAUUUUGGCAAACUGCGCGCCAAUUACCUCUAAAAAGGAAAAUAUAAAAAAUAAUCGGCGUACCUCGACUUAGUCCUGCUGAAUGACCAUUAAUAUUCUUAAUUCAUCUUAUCAUUUGACGAUUCUGUGGAAAUCUUCUCCACUCUCUGCUGUUACAGUGGUCAGCGGUUAAAUACGACCACUCUGCCCCUUGGCUUGAGUGGUUGUAAAACAGCAAUGCUCUUACAGUUCUAAUGCAAGAUAUGGGGCCACCAUUUUAGCCACUUCUUUACCGUUUUAACGUUCCUGCAUACGCAGACGUUUGACCGCUGAGUUUGUCGGUUUGCAUAGAGGACUUUCUUAAAAUAUUUAUUGAUAAAUUACGCAGUAGAUACGUCAUAUAAUGUUUUGAUAUGAACUAUGACGUCUCGUUUAUUAAUUUUUUGGCCCAUUUACUUGGGAUGGAUCCCUUACCCGAAGCGGACCCAGAAAUGUUUGAUAGGGGGGUGGGAGGUGGGGCGCAAUCUUUGUAGGGAAGGUGGGGGUCCAAACCUUGUUUCAAAAACACAGUUUCUUAUUAUCUAUGAUAGAUUGUAAAUAAGCUAGGAGGUAGGUCGUAGUUUUUGAUACAUUAGUUGGGUAGUUACAUGUGAUCCUGUUGUUAGAGUUAUUUUGGUCUCAGACAGGUAUUAGAAAUACCAACAAGGCUGAUGAGGUGGGAGGGAGGGCUGGACCCCCUAGACCCCUCCCCCCUGCAUUCUCCACUGAUUUUGUCAUGAGCAGGGGAAGAGAAAACAUCUUCAAAAUUUGUCCUGUGUCGUUUAUCAGUAGUCCGUGAAGGUUGCUUUAAAUUUAUUCCAAAAAUAUUUUGCAUUUGAUUAGGGAAGGUACGUUUUU